GCACCCAGGAUUCCUUAGACUCUUCGAGAGUGGCUCCUGCUCGCCUGGGUUUGCCUUUCGGCAAAUGUCGUGGGCUUGACGAGGAGGACGAGUUUUUCGAUUGCGCCGAGACGGAUGCAGACCUGUGCCGUCUCCGGAGCGAUAUCUCGAUUGCAUCUACGCCCUCAACUCGCAUCCCGGAGUCUUAUGGCGGAAUCAGCUUCAAUUCUGGGUGGCAUCAGACUUCCUCUCCUUGUCUGGAAGAGGUUGGUGAUCCGACUGAGAUUGCCAACGCGAUGGCCCUACUGGGACGCACGAGGCGCAGCUUCUCAGAGAGGAAUCCACAAGCGAGCCCCGAAGGGCCUGAGAUGGAUUGGGCCAAUAUGGCGACGGCAAGGCGGCUCUGGCGCGCCUGCGAGGGAAACGUGCGAAGAGCCGACAAGGCUUUCCUGCAGGCCAUGGAGAUUCGCCUCCGGGAUCGUGUGUUGUACACCACGCUUCGCUUUCAGAAAUGCUGCGACAUGCGCAUCAUCGGCUACGACCAAGAGAAGCGCCCGGUAGUCUAUUUUUGC